AUGAGCCGCGUUUACGAGGCAGAAGACGGGCAGAGUAUGAGUCAUUUCAACCGUCUCACACAUACCAUGUGUCGCGCCCCCCCUUCUCUGGACUUGCCUUGGGUAGGAGCGCACGUGGAGCCAUCAGCCGCGUUUGCGAGGCAGAAGACGGAGUACGAGCGCAUGCACCAGCGGUGCACGGAGGGCAUCACUGACUGGAAGGCCUUUUACUUCAACCAGUCCGAGGGGCUGUCACCAUCAGCGGACGUGGAAGGGUGCAAGUAUGCGUUUCUGAUACCCGGCCAGUGGCACGGCCUUGGCAACCGCAUCAUGUCGCUGAUCUCCACCUUCACAUACGCGUUCAUCACGCAUCGAGCCAUCCUCAUGCCAGACGAUGGGCUCAUGCCGUCCCUGUGGCCUCAUGCCCUCCCUAUGGCCUCAUGCCCUCCCUAUGGCCUCAUGCCCUCCCUAUGGCCUCAUGCCCUCCCUAUGGCCUCAUGCCCUCCCUAUGGCCUCAUGCCCUCCCUAUGGCCUCAUGCCCUCCCUAUGGCCUCAUGCCCUCCCUAUGGCCUCAUGCCCUCCCUAUGGCCUCAUGCCCUCCCUAUGGCCUCAUGCCCUCCCUAUGGCCUCAUGCCCUCCCUAUGGCCUCAUGCCCUCCCUAUGGCCUCAUGCCCUCCCUAUGGCCUCAUGCCCUCCCUAUGGCCUCAUGCCCUCCCUAUGGCCUCAUGCCCUCCCUAUGGCCUCAUGCCCUCCCUAUGGCCUCAUGCCCUCCCUAUGGCCUCAUGCCCUCCCUAUGGCCUCAUGCCCUCCCUAUGGCCUCAUGCCCUCCCUAUGGCCUCAUGCCCUCCCUAUGGCCUCAUGCCCUCCCUAUGGCCUCAUGCCCUCCCUAUGGCCUCAUGCCCUCCCUAUGGCCUCAUGCCCUCCCUAUGGCCUCAUGCCCUCCCUAUGGCCUCAUGCCCUCCCUAUGGCCUCAUGCCCUCCCUAUGGCCUCAUGCCCUCCCUAUGGCCUCAUGCCCUCCCUAUGGCCUCAUGCCCUCCCUAUGGCCUCAUGCCCUCCCUAUGGCCUCAUGCCCUCCCUAUGGCCUCAUGCCCUCCCUAUGGCCUCAUGCCCUCCCUAUGGCCUCAUGCCCUCCCUAUGGCCUCAUGCCCUCCCUAUGGCCUCAUGCCCUCCCUAUGGCCUCAUGCCCUCCCUAUGGCCUCAUGCCCUCCCUAUGGCCUCAUGCCCUCCCUAUGGCCUCAUGCCCUCCCUAUGGCCUCAUGCCCUCCCUAUGGCCUCAUGCCCUCCCUAUGGCCUCAUGCCCUCCCUAUGGCCUCAUGCCCUCCUCGUCCGCUCGUCCCUCCUCCUCUGCAACCCCUUCACGCACUCCUCCUGGCUCAUCCCCGCCUCGCACUUCUGGUGAGCGCUGUGCAGCCUGCCUUGCUGCUGCCUGUGCGGUGUGGUGUGUACCCCGCCUCAUUCGUCCGCUCGUCCCUCCUCCUCUGCAACCCCUUCACGCACUCCUCCUGGCUCAUCCCCGCCUCGCACUUCUGGUGAGCGCUGUGCAGCCUGCCUUGCUGCUGCCUGUGCGGUGUGGUGUGUACCCCGCCUCAUUCGUCCGCUCGUCCCUCCUCCUCUGCAACCCCUUCACGCACUCCUCCUGGCUCAUCCCCGCCUCGCACUUCUGCCUGCCUUGCUGCUGCCUGUGCGGUGUGGUGUGUACCCCGCCUCAUUCGUCCGCUCGUCCCUCCUCCUCUGCAACCCCUUCACGCACUCCUCCUGGCUCAUCCCCGCCUCGCACUUCUGGUGAGCGCUGUGCAGCCUGCCUUGCUGCUGCCUGUGCGGUGUGGUGUGUACCCCGCCUCAUUCGUCCGCUCGUCCCUCCUCCUCUGCAACCCCUUCACGCACUCCUCCUGGCUCAUCCCCGCCUCGCACUUCUGGUGAGCGCUGUGCAGCCUGCCUUGCUGCUGCCUGUGCGGUGUGGUGUGUACCCCGCCUCAUUCGUCCGCUCGUCCCUCCUCCUCUGCAACCCCUUCACGCACUCCUCCUGGCUCAUCCCCGCCUCGCACUUCUGCGCUGUGCAGCCUGCCUUGCUGCUGCCUGUGCGGUGUGGUGUGUACCCCGCCUCAUUCGUCCGCUCGUCCCUCCUCCUCUGCAACCCCUUCACGCACUCCUCGUGGCUCAUCCCCGCCUCCCACUUCUGCGCUGUGCUGCCUCGCUGUGCUGCCUGUGCGGUGUGGUGUGUAGCGCUGUGCUGCCUGUGCGGUGUGGUGUGUAGCGCUGUGCUGUGUGUGCGGUGUGCGCUGUGCUGUGUGUGUGGUGUGCGCUGUGCUGCCUGUGCGGUGUGGUGUGUAGCGCUGUGCUGCCUGUGCGGUGUGCGCUGUGCUGCCUGUGCGGUGUGGUGUGUAGCGCUGUGCUGUGUGUGCGGUGUGCGCUGUGCUGUGUGUGUGGUGUGGUGUGUAGCGCUGUGCUGUGUGUGUGGUGUGGUGUGUAGCACUCGCUGUGCUGUGUGUGUGGUGUGGUGUGUAGCGCUGUGCUGUGUGUGUGGUAUGGUGUGUAACCGCCCUCAUUCUUCCGCUCGUCCCUCCUCCUCUGCAACCCUUUUGCGCACCCCUCCUAGCUCAUCCCCGCCUCCCACUUCUGGUGAGUGUGAGCGCCCGCCAGUGUGCGAGCGUCUUACUCGCCUUUGUCCGCUCGGCCCUGCAUUGCCCACCCUCCUCUGCAACCCCACUCGCAUUUGUCUGCUGGUCUCUCAUUUGCAACUGCAACCCCUCGGUCCACUCCUCCUGGCUGCAUCUCCCGCUUUUCCCCAACCCCCCUUCCUCCCACGUCCCCACUUUUCCCCCUUUCCCCACUUCCCCAGGGCCAUCAAGGUGGAUUUGGAGCAGGGUCCUCGCAACGUGGCAGAGCAGGCGGACGGGCGCUCCCUCGCAUCUCCCUCUUUUCCCAACGCCUCUUUCGCCACUUGCCCACUUUUCUUCCUUCCCCCCUCUCUCUCUCUCUCCCCAGGGCCAUCAAGGCGGAUUUGGAGAAGGGCCCUCGCAACGUGGCAGAGCAGGCGGACAGGCACUCUCGAGGGGUGUUCUGCCACCUGGACUGGAACGCCCGAGGAGGAGUGGACGUUCUUCUGCCGGCGCACACAGGAGGAGAUGGCUGAAAAAACAUUCAUGAUGUUCUGGAGUGACAUGUACUUCGUGCCUCCUCUCUACUUCGUCCCCUCUCUCGCGGCUCGUCUGGAAGUGCUGUUUCCGGAUCGCCGGGUCUUCACACAUGUUGCACGCUACAUCCUCCUGCCGGCCAAUUACCUCUGGGAUCGCAUUGUGAGGGCCUUUCAUGGCCACAUGGAGCACCAAGACGUGCUCGUGGGUUUGCAGGUGAGCUGCUGCUAUGUGGUGCAGGUGCUACCUGGUGCAGGUGAGGGGUUGCUCACUCGCUGGCGUAGGUGCUUGCUGGUGCAGGUGGCUUCUAAAGCUGGUACUUCCUACCUCUGGGACCGCAUAGUGAGGGCAUUCCACGGCCACAUGGAGCACCAGGACGUGCUGGUGGGGCUGCAGGUCCGCCCGGUGGACGAGACCCCGGAGGAUGUAUUUGACCGGGUGCUGACGUGUCUCAUCAGCACGCAGUACCUGCCAGCUGUCAUCCCGCCCGACCAAUGGCAGGCCAUGGCUGACGAUGUGGACGACGAGGGUUUGAGAGGAGCGCAUGGGCAGUCAAUCGGUGUGUUCGUGGCAUCCCUCAACGGCACCUAUGCUGCUCGCCUCGCUGCCCUUUAUUCCCAAGGCAAACCGCAAUCAGCCCACACUGUCACCUUCCACAGCGAGUCGCACGACUCAACGGAGAGGCAGGACGACAGGCAGCAGUACGCAUCAGCGCUGGUUGAGAUGUUCCUCCUCUCCUUCUCUCACCGCCUCGUUGUCUCCGACUACUCCACCUUCGGGUACGUCCUGUUGCUGUCGCGCUGUCCCGCUGGGUACGUCGUGUUGCCGCGCUCGGCAGCGCUGGGAGCGCUGGACCCAUGGUCGCUCAACAUCGUGAAGCGGGGGGAGGCGGACUGGCGCCUCAACAACCGCCCCGUCUGCCAGCGCACCGAGUCGCAGCCCUGCUCCCUCUCCAUCCGACCGAAAUUCACGGUGAGCCCUCCGCCUUUCCCCCUCGUUGGAUUCACCUUUGGGAAUCCUCAAAAGGUGCUCUAA